GAAGCAAUGGCAGGGACACACUUCCCAAAGCACAGGGACACAUUGUGCCUGUUUGAUGUGGAUGGAACUUUAACCCCUGCAAGACAGGUACAUGCAUGUAGAAGAGAAAGGGCUGCAAAGAGGCUACAGGAGAUCAACAGAACUGAGAUUCAAAAAGGAUGUUAAUAAAGAAAGUGGACCCUGAGGUGGACAUAUUUUUACAGAAGCUCCGACAAAGAGUAAAGAUUGGAGUGGUAGGAGGCUCAGAUUAUUCAAAGAUUGCAGAACAGCUUGGAGAAGGCGAUCAAGUGGUUCGCAAAUUCGAUUACUUGUUUGCAGAGAAUGGCACGGUUCAGUACAAAGAUGGUGCGCUGCUUUCAAGACAGGCCAUACAAAAUCACCUGGGGGAAGAACUACUUCAGGAUCUUAUUAACUUCUGUCUGAGUUACAUUGCGAUGCUCAAACUGCCUAAGAAACGAGGAACAUUUAUUGAAUUUCGUAAUGGAAUGUUGAACAUCUCACCUAUUGGCCGUAGCUGCAAUCAAGAGGAGAGGAUUGAAUUUUCUGAGUUGGAUAAGAAAGAAAAAAUCAGAGAAAAAUUUGUUUCAGCUCUACAGAAUGAGUUUGCAGGCAAAGGAUUGAGGUUCACAAGGGGUGGCAUGAUCAGCUUCGAUGUUUUUCCUGAAGGAUGGGACAAGCGCUGCUGUCUGGAUGUUCUUGAUGAAGAACAGUUUAGCACUAUUCACUUCUUUGGAAAUGAGACUUCACCGGGGGGUAAUGACUAUGAAAUUUAUGCAGAUCCUCGUACAGUGGGACAUACAGUGACAUCCCCUGAGGACACUGUACAGCGUUGUCGGCAACUCUUCUUCCCUGAAAGAGACAACGAAGUUUGAUUUUGGAACUCACUAUGCAGAUGUAAUGAAAUGCCAAGAGCAUGACCAGAAUGGUCUACUAAAAUGGGUCAUAAAACAUGCUUUGUUUUUUUUCUACCUGAAAGACGUGACCGUUGCAUAGAGAAAAGCUGGCUAUAUUACAAUCUACAAUUCCAUUGUAUAGUUCAGGAUUGGACUCUUGUAUCCUGUCUGUUACAGUAUUCAAGUGCACUAGCUACUUCAUUGUUCGACUAAAGUAACUACAGGGCCACAGACAUCAACAUUGAGGGUUCUGCCCUGGUAACUCAGCAGCUUCUAUAUACAUGAUACGUACAUUAGUAGUUGAUGAUGUGGUGGAUGUUCUGUAGACUAACUUUAUUGUCUGUUCACUGGGGUCAAAGUUGUUGCUGUUUGUGAGGACAGUCUAAUUUGUUGGUGAAACCAUUUUUAUAUGUAAGAGCUUUACUGUAUAUAAUUAAUAUGUUUAGCUGUACAUAUCUACUAU